AUGAAAUCAAACCAAGAACUCGCUCAAACAAUCGCUAAAACCCUAGCCGACUCAGGCCUCCAACACCUCAGAACCUCCUCCCCCUCUCUCCUCUCCAAUCUCAACCCCCACAUUACCCACCUCGUCCUCUCCGACCCAAUCCUCCCACCCCAAUCCUGCUUAACCUUCUUCAACUUCCUCAGACGAAACCCAUCUCUCAUACCCCUCAGACCCAAUCUCCAAGCCCACGUCACCCUCUUCUGCAGGCUCCACCAAGCCAACAGAUUCGCCCAAAUGAAGAACGUGGUGAAUACCAUAGUGCACAACGACCGUCUCCAAUGCCAAGUCUCCCACAUCGUUUCCCUGAUCGAGAAUGGAAGCUACGAGCGUGACUCGGUUAAGAAGCUGUUUGAUAUGCUGUUCAGGGUUUACGUUAACAACGAAAUGUUUGAGGAAGCUUUCGGGGUUUUCGAUUAUGUUUACAAGAAUGGGCUUGAGAUAGAAGAGAGAUCAUGCUUUGCGGGUUUGCUGGCUCUGAAGAAGUGUAAUGAAGUAGAUAAGUGUUUGUGUCUCUUUGACCGAAUGCGCGAAAAGGGUCUGGUCACGGUUUAUUCGAUGACAUUGGUGAUCAAUGAGCUUUGUAAGAGAGGGGAGAUGGAGAGGGCAAAGAGAUUGAUGGGUGAAAUGAGGGGGAGAGGGGUUGAGGCUAAUGUGUAUACGUAUAACACGAUUGCGAAAGCUUAUAUUGAGAGGAAGGAUUUUGGCGGGGUUAGUGAGGUGUUGGGGUUGAUGAAGAGGAGUAAUGUGGAGUAUAAUGUGGCGACGUACACGCUUUUGAUUGAUUGGUAUGGGAGUUGUGAGAAGAUUGGGGAUGUAGAGAAGGUGUUUGAUGAAAUGCGCGAGAGAGGGGUUGAGCCUGAUGUGUAUGUUUAUACUUCGAUGAUUAACUGGAAUUGUAGAAGUGGGAAUUUGAAGAGGGCGCUGUUUCUGUUUGAUGAGAUGACUGAGAGAAGGCUUGUGCCGAACGGUCAUACUUAUGGCGCGCUGAUUAAUGGGGCUUGUAAGGCGGGGCAGAUGGAGAUGGCGGAGAUUUUGGUGAAAGAGAUGCAAGGAAAAGGAAUUGCGUUGAACCGAGUUGUAUGUAAUACGCUGAUUGAUGGGUACUGCAGAAAAGGGAUGGUGGAUGAAGCUCAGAGGUUCCGGGGUGUUAUGGAAAAGAAAGGGUUGAAGGCUGAUGUGUAUACUUACUGCAAUAUAGCUAGGGGGUUGUUUAAGUUGAAUAGGAAUGAGGAGGCAAAGAGGUCCUUGUUGACUAUGGCAGAAAGGGGGGUGGCUCCAAAUUCGGUGUGCUUCACUACUCUGAUAGAUAUAUAUUGCAAGGAAGGAGAUUUUGCCGAAGCAAAGCGGGUAUUUCAGGAGAUGGAAAGGAAAGGAGAGAGACAUAAUAAUGUAACAUACAAUGCUCUCAUUGAUGGGUAUACCAAGAAAGGUAAAAUGAAGGAAGCACAUGAGAUAAAAGAGGAGAUGGAAGGCAAGGGUUUGAUGGCAGAUUCGUAUACAUAUUCAUCGUUCAUACAUGGUGAAUGUGUUGCUGGCAAUAUGGACGCAGCCCUAUCAUUGUUUGAUGAAAUGUCGCAGAAGGGUUUAACUCGCAACGUUGUCACAUACACAAUAAUUAUUUCGGGUUUGUCCAAGGUGGGGAGAAAAGAAGAAGCUUUCAAAUUGUACGAUGACAUGAAAAAAUUAGGCAUCAUACCUGAUGACAGAGUAUACCAUUCACUUGUAAGAGGCCUUUAUACAGACGAGUCUAGCUCUAAGACAGAUGAGUAGCAUUCUGGCUGGUGGCACUUUGGGUGCGGCAUUAUGACAUGUCUGAAAUGACAAUAGUACAGUGUCAGUUGGCUCACUGCUAGAAAUGGCCCGAGUGUGCUUCUUCUUCAUGGCAAUAUGUAUCUUUGGAAGGGUUGAUGGGUUUACCGAACUUUAUGGGUUUACAGAACUUUAAUCAGUGUGGCUGCGCUUCCAGCGCUUCUUUGGAAGGGUAAGGACUCGUCAACUGUGGUGAAGG